AUGGCUCUGCGGCUGCCAGGUGAGACCGGUCCCCAGGACAAGGAGUGCUACCCGCCCGACAGGCUUCAGAGCAGCCCCCAACACCUGGCCGCCUACUACACCCCUUUCCCGCACUAUGGCCAUUACGGGAACACCCUCACCACGGCGGAGGAGGGUUUCCAACCUUUCCGGCAGCUGGAGGCCCUGUCGGCGUCCCCGGCUCUGCCCCCCUUCGCCUUCCGGACAGCGCCUCCCUUGCUGAGCCCCGGGCUGGCGCUGCCGAGGGAGCCGCUCUAUGAUGUGCCCUGGUACAGCAAGCUGCCGACGUGGUACCCGAUCCCCCACCUGCCCAGGGAGGUGCCACACUUCCUGAACAGCCCGCGCGAGUUCACGGGCGCCCCCGCCGAAAACUUGGGCCAGGUCGGCGGCCGGAGCGAUGGUGGCCAGUGUUGGGGACCUGAAGUUUUCCUCCCGCUGCCCCCAGUGGAUGCUUCUCUGCUACCCGAGAGGCCGAAGCCCUCCCAGUUGUUACCUGGCUCCCCUGGCGAGCGCUCUGAGGAUGGCCCCAAACUCGUGAACCAAGAGGGAAAGGCAUCGCCCCGUUACCACUUCACCCAGGAAGACCUGCACUUAGUUCUGUACGGGGUCAUUCCCAGCCCUCAGCACCCAGCCCGCUUGCACCACGCGAUGUCGGGCCUCCUGGUCCCCACCAACAGCUCUGGGUCUGAUUCUCUUCCUCAGACUCUGGAUAACAACUCCCUUAAGCUCCCGGAAGGUCUCUGCCUGCGGCAGACGAUGUUCGGUGAGGUCGCACAUUUUGGUGUGUUCUGCAAUAGCCUCGUGGCCAAAGGAGUCAGGUUUGGACCCUUUCAGGGUAAAGUGGUCAAUGCCAGUGAAGUCAAGACCCACGGAGACAAUUCUCUGAUGUGGGAGAUUUUUGAAGAUGGUCAUUUGAGCCACUUUAUUGAUGGAAAAGGAGGUGCUGGGAACUGGAUGUCCUAUGUCAACUGUGCCCGUUUCCCCACGGAGCAGAACCUAGUUGCGGUGCAAUGUCAAGGGCAGAUAUUCUAUGAAAGCUGCAAGGAGAUCCACCAGAACCAAGAGCUCCUGGUGUGGUAUGGAGAUUGCUACGAAAAGUUUUUGGACAUUCCUGUGAGCCUGCAGGUCAUAAAGCAGGGGAAGCAGGCAUCUGGGCCCUCAGAAGAGUCUGCAGAAGGGUACAGAUGUGAAAGAUGUGGAAAAGUAUUUACCUACAAAUAUUACAGAGACAAGCAUCUCAAGUACACCCCCUGUGUGGACAAGGGUGACAGGAAAUUUCCCUGUAAUUUGUGCAGACGAUCCUUUGAGAAGAGAGACCGGCUCCGGAUCCAUAUCCUUCACGUCCAUGAGAAGCACCGACCCCACAAGUGUUCUACGUGUGGGAAAUGUUUCUCUCAAUCUUCCAGCCUAAACAAGCACAUGAGAGUCCACUCUGGAGACAGACCUUACCAGUGUGUGUAUUGUACAAAGAAGUUCACUGCCUCUAGUAUACUCCGCACCCACAUCAGGCAGCACUCUGGGGAGAAGCCCUUCAAAUGCAAGUACUGUGGUAAAUCUUUUGCGUCCCAUGCCGCGCACGACAGCCAUGUCCGGCGUUCACACAAGGAGGAUGACAGCUGUUCCUGUAGCAUCUGUGGCAAGACCCUCCCCAAUCAAGACGCUUUCUAUGCCCACAUGAAGUUUCAUGAAGACUACUAA